AUGGAAUUUUUAAUCCACUUUUUAAUUUUGCACCUUGCCGCUGAAGAGCUCCUCAACGAAACUGGCGUAACAAUCGACGAGCACCACGAAGACGAAGCGAUUUGCGGCGAAUGCGUCCAGCGCUGCGGAAACUGCUAUCAUUGCGUCGACUGUCUCAAAUAUUCGCUUCUCUUUGGACGCCUCUUUUGUCAACCCCUUGAGUACAUGUUGAACACUUGGACCGGGCCUUGCGAAGAAUGCACUACUUGUCUGAAAGGGACUUGCGAUCAGUUCGCUCACUGUAACAAGUGCACUUUUUGCCUGGGGUGUCUUAAAAAUCCGACUCGACCUGAUUGCUGGAAUUGUCUUCAGUGUCGUCCAUGCUCUCUAGCAAUUGGUUGUAGUCCCACUGCAAAAGCUUUUGGGGAGAUAAUUUUCGGCACGAGCGAUCAUACUAAGGAAAGUUCCGCUAAUAUAAAGAAGCCUUUACUUGACAGUAUUGACGGAAUAAUGACAGUUUGUUGA